UUCUAUGGCAACAGUGGACACCCCUGGAUCUCCCCCAACCCGCCCCGGUAGAGGCUGAAGGCCAGGAAGAAGGAGGAGGAGUGUUUUCCAGAUGUGCAGAGUUUACGAAGCAGUGGGAAAGCAAAGGAGCCAACCUCAGCCACUUCCAGCUUCCUGCUGAAAAUGGCCAAAGGAAGACGCUUCAACCCAGCUUUAGACAAGGACGGAAGAUGGCGUGUGCUGGUUUUCCAGUUCCCUCAGAUCGGACUAACACAAAAGACACCAGAAUCCAGCACAAGUGCAGUGUUAAAAGAGCCCCACCGUCCGCAUUUGUCUCGGCAAGUAGAGGAGAGGCUGCCACCCAUCUACAAAGUUCGGGAGAAGCAAGCGGUCAAUAACAACUUCCCCUUCUCUGUACACGACAAUCGGCAUAGCUUUCAGAGUUCUGGAUGCUACCUUGACUCUGUCACCUUGAUGGCUCACAAGGGCCUGGGACGUAGGAAGAUCUCCCCAGAGAAAAGGCAACAUGUUUCAAGAAAUUUCAAUCUCUGGGCAGAUGGGAGCCCGCAUCAGAAGGUCAGUACUUCGGCUCCACCAGGGCGCUGGUCUGGCCGUGUCGUUGGUAGCGGCCACCACCAGUUGCCAGCAGAACAAGUGCAAUCAUCACCCAGGGUCGUGUCGGUGUUCGCAGGAUUAUAAGCGACCAUAGUAGCAUCUGGCCGUCCCUGCCCAAGAACACACUGCUUGCUGUUCCUUACACCUGCAGGAGAAACAUUAAAACUGUCUUUUUUUAAAUAAAGAUUUUAUUUAUUUAUUAAUGAGAGACACACAGAGGGAGGCAGAGACAGAGGCAGAGGGAGAAGCAGGCUCCCCAUGGGGAGCCCGAUGCGGGACUCGAUCCCAGGGCCCUGGGAUCACGCCCUGAGCGGAAGGCAGAUGCUCAACCGCUGAGCCAGCCAGGUGUCCCGACGUUGAAACUGUCUUAAAUAAUCUCCUGCUGUUUGUGAUCUUGGUCGAAGCUUCCACGGCUCUCAUCAGCGGCGAGCAGUGGGUGCCAUCCUCCUCCUACCAACACCACCGCAGGCCCAGGAGACGAUGGGCAGGUGUCAACAUCAUCCCACGGGAGAAAUCAGAUUGUUCCUCCAAGAACGGACAGGCACCAAGGCCUAACGAAACCAAUGCCUGACCUGGGUCACAUCCGGCAUCUUUAAGAGGGAGGAUUUGGCUCCGCACGUGCAUAGUCACUGAAGAGCUGGGUGUCUUCAGCCGAUCAGGACAAUUCUGAUUAAAGCAGAUGUUUGCCAACUCAAGCUGGGCUGAUUCCUAGCUCAUUCCUAAUACAGCCCUGUCCCCACCCCUGUCCCCAAUCCUUCCCACAAUUGCCCCCUUCCUUUUGGGCCUCAAGUAGCCACAUUCCCACGUGCUCCAGUGUGAAUACAUGUAAGGCCCGCCCAACACCUCGUGUUUACUCCUCAAGCAACCACUGCUUCUCCAGCCCCUGCUUUGAGCCCCGGGGAGUGAGGGUGAGCAACAGACUCACCCUCCUGCAAAGGGCAUGGGGUCUAGACUCCAUCAGUCUACAAAUUGCGGCAGCCCCCUUGCAAGACUCAAGGUUUCAAGCUAAGAACGCCGAUUAAGUGUGGAUCAGGCAAUAAUACUUUGAAAGGUCAUAAUUAUAAUUUUAUUAAGCUGUGAUAAGGGAGAUAAGAUAAAUGUCAUAGAAAUGUG